AUAAGACAUUAUCAUCAAUAAAAAAGUAAAAUUUCGCCCCAACGCAACUCAUUUUGUAUAUUUGCAAUCGAUGUUUAAAUUUCUCAUAUAUCUACCGUUUCUCGAAUAAUAUUUUUGAUUUACAAAAAAGAUCGAAAAAUGUUGUUACCACUUUUUGCGGAAACAUGUACAGCGAAUUUUUGCACUUGUCUCUCCACCAUGAUUUAUUCCUUUCUAUUCGGCUACUCACCGGAUAAUAAAUUUAGUUUGCAAACAAAUCCUGAACCAGAGGCAUACGAUUUCAUUGUUGUUGGCGCUGGUGCUGCCGGGUGUGUAGUUGCAAAUCGGCUCUCGGAAAUUAACGAUUGGAAAAUACUUUUAUUGGAAGCUGGAAAAGAGGAGCCGUUACGAGCAACUAUACCGGCUUAUGCUGGUAGUUUAGGAGAUACAGAAUUUGAUUGGAAAUAUAAAACGCAACCAGAGAAAAGUGCAAUUGGAAGAAAUAAACAAGUAAAGUGGCCUCGAGGGAAAAUAAUGGGUGGCUCAAGCGCAGUAAAUGCCAUGUACUAUGUUCGUGGCAGCAAAGAAGAUUUUAACAAUUGGGAAAGAAUGGGAAAUCCCGGCUGGAGUUACGAACAAGUUUUACCAUAUUUCAUAAAGUCAGAAAAUAAUUUGGACAAUAAAGUUGUCGAGGCAAAUCCUGAUUACCACGGAACAGGUGGAUACCUAUCAGUCGAGUCAUUUCCAUAUCUAACAGAACCAGGAAAAAUAGCACUCAAUGCAUUCCAAGAAAGAGGCUACAAACUACUAGAUGUAAAUGCCGCCGAUCAAUUGGGAGUAGCAGUAACGCAAAUGACAGCCGGAAAUAAUUCUCGAUCCAGUACAAAUAUCGCCUUCAUCCGACCAAUUAGAGCCGAGAGAAAGAAUUUAUUCGUCAAAAGUCAGGCACUAGCAACAAAAAUUAUAAUCGAUCAAAAAACAAACAGAGCCACAGGUAUUGAAUACACAUCCCUAAAAACUGGCAAAACACACAAAGUUUCCGCAAAGAAGGAAAUUAUCAUAUCCGGUGGUGUCGUCAAUUCACCACAAUUACUCAUGGUCUCUGGAAUUGGACCAAGUGACGAGCUUCGAAAGCAUAAAAUCAAAGUAAUAAAGGAUCUUCCAGUUGGUAAAAAUCUCCACGAUCAUGUCUCGGCUCCAGGACUAUCGGCUAAACGACAAAUCAAACCAAAAGUUCCACUCACCUGUGAAAAUCGCUUAGGACACCUAUUCACUUAUCUAGCAACACGAAAAGGUCCCCUCAGUGCUAUUAGUACAGUAAUGUUGACCGGUUUCGCCAAGACAAAAUACGUCGAGAAUGAUUAUCCGGAUAUUCAAUACACUUUUGAUAAAUUAGAUGAUGAUGAAAUUGCCUUUAAACCCAUUUUAGUGACACCAAAAAGUAGGGGAUAUCUUGCUCUGAAUGUAACAGAUCCUGUUCGGGGUGCACCUUUACUGUAUCCUGGUUAUUUCACUGAAGAAGAUGACCUUGAUCAAUUAAUAGCUGGCAUUGGACUCACUAUUGAUAUUCUCAAUUCGACAGUAAUGAGGCAAAAUAAAUUUAUAUUCAACGACAAACCACUGCCUUCUUGUCAAAGGUUUAAAUUUAAUACCUACAAAUAUUGGGUGUGCUUUUUACAAAGCAAAUUUAACACCGAUUUUCAUCCCGUGGGAACAUGUAAAAUGGGACCAGAAAAAGAUCCCACUGCUGUUGUUGAUUCGAGAUUAAAAGUACAUGGAAUUGUAGGUUUGAGAGUAAUUGAUGCUUCGAUAAUGCCCACUGUUACUCGGGGAAAUACUAAUGCACCUAGUAUUAUGAUUGGCGAAAAAGGAAGCGACUUGGUCAAAGAUGAUUACUCUUUGGAAUAAAUCAGAUCUUAUUUUAUUAAUCCGAAUAUUAAUUGUAGUAAUUUUUUACUAGAUUUUAUAGAAUAAGAUUAAGUAGCUGUAGUCCACAUCGAAAAAAUUAUACGAUAAUUUAUUUAUUUUAUUUUUUAUUACUUAAAUUAUAGUAAAAAUUUGUUUAUUAAUUAGUGAUGUAUAGAUAUAUGUAGAAACAAACUGCAAGCGUGUUAUUAAAUUUUUAAAAAUAACUUUUAAAUUAUUUGUAACUUACUUUAAAGAAAGGUACCCAAGAAGCAAAUUAUUUUUUUGUUACUUUUAUCUUAAAAAAUGUUACUCAAUUGUGUAAAACUAAAAUCAGUUUCCAUUAAUUAUUUAAGAUGUAAUGAAGAUUAAAACAUCGGUGGCUUAUAUAUUGAGAGUUAAAACACUCUGCAUUGU